ACACUCACUCAUUCACUCUCUCUCCACCCAAUCUACAAAGAUCGUCAUUAUAAAAGGCCCACCUUCCUCCUCAAUAGAAACCAGUAACUACCUCGUUCCCACACUAAUCCACACUCCAAACCUCACAAACACAUGGAAUAUGGAAGGCUUGGACCCGCUGACCCUGGUGGCUCCUCACGCCGCUCCACCACUCCUCUAACCAAAUCAACCCCCUCUUCUUCAAACAGUAAAAAGAAGCUCAUCAUAAUUUCCACUCUCGCCGCCGUCUUAAUCGUCGCCUCUGCUGUCUCCGCCGCCCUCAUCACCGUCAUCCGCUCCCGUGCUUCCGGGAACCAAAACGCACCGGACCUCACCCGCAAGCCCACACAGGCAAUUUCCCGAACCUGCAGCAAGACUCGUUUCCCUACCCUAUGCAUCAACUCCCUCCUUGACUUCCCCGGCUCCACCACUGCCUCUGAGCAAGAUCUCGUCCACAUCUCCUUCAACAUGACACUACGCCACAUAAGCCACGCAUUCUACGCCUCCACCGGCAUUUCGUUUGCGGCCACGGACCCAAAAGUCCAUGCGGCAUACGAGGAUUGUCUCGAGCUCCUUGAGGAGUCUAUGGACGCACUUUCGCGGUCCCUUGACUCCGUCUUGCCUCCUUCGGCGCCAUCCAGCAGCGGCGAAAUUAAACCCGCCGCCACUGGAUCCUCCGAAGACGUGUUGACGUGGCUUAGCGCCGCCCUCACUAAUCAAGACACUUGUGCGGAGGGGUUCGAGGACACGAGCGGGACCGUGAAGAACCAGAUGGUGAAUAACUUGAAGGACUUGUCUGAACUCGUGAGUAACUGUCUCGCGAUUUUCUCGGCGAGUGCAAGUGGCGAUUUCUCGGGGGUCCCUAUACAAAACAAGAGACGGCUAAUGGAAGAGGACAAGCAUGAUCAUUUUAACGGCGAUAUCUCGGGAAAAUUUCCGAGUUGGUUGAAUAAACGAGAUAGGAGAUUGUUGAAUUUACCAGUGUCGGCAAUUCAAGCAGAUAUAGUCGUGUCCAAAAACGGUAACGGAACGGUAAAGACAAUUGCUGAGGCGAUAAAGAAAGCGCCAGAGCAUAGUAAACGCCGGUUCAUAAUCUACGUGAGGGCAGGAAGGUAUGAGGAGAAUAGUUUAAAGGUUGGGAAAAAGAAAACCAAUGUUAUGUUGAUAGGAGAUGGGAAGGGCAAAACUGUCAUUACAGGAAAGAAGAAUGUGGCAGAUGGCAUGACCACAUUCCACUCUGCAUCCUUCGCUGCUAGUGGUUCUGGAUUCAUUGCACGAGACAUCACAUUCAAGAACUAUGCGGGACCGGAAAAGCACCAAGCAGUGGCGCUCCGUGUUGGAGCCGACCACGCGGUGGUGUACCGUUGCAACAUUUUGGGGUAUCAAGACUCAUGCUAUGUACACUCUAACCGUCAAUUCUUCCGUGAAUGCGACAUUUAUGGCACUGUGGACUUCAUAUUUGGCAAUGCCGCAGUGGUUUUUCAAAAGUGCAACAUUUAUGCUCGUAAGCCCAUGGCCCAACAGAAGAACACAAUCACGGCCCAAAGUAGGAAAGACCCGAAUCAGAACACGGGUAUAUCCAUCCACGAUUGCCGGAUUCUACCCGCCCCGGAUCUCACCCCGGUAAAGGACAGCAUCCCCACCUAUUUAGGCCGUCCGUGGAAACAGUACUCUAGGACGGUGUACUUGUUAUCUUACAUUGGUGACCACAUACAUCCUCAAGGAUGGUUGGAGUGGAAUGGGGACUUUGCUUUGGACACAUUGUAUUAUGGUGAGUACAUGAAUUUUGGGCCGGGUGCAGCCGUAGGGAAUCGGGUUAAAUGGCCGGGGUACCGGGUCAUUACUUCUACCGUGGAGGCAAAUCGGUUCACGGUGGCCCAGUUUAUAUCCGGGUCGGCAUGGUUACCAUCCACUGGAGUGGCGUUUCUGGCCGGGUUAUCCACCUAAAAUUAUUACAUGGCAGGUAUAUAGAGGGAGGUUUGACAGUGUCGCAAACCUACCCAAUUGGGGAAAUAUCUUCUAAUUUUAUAGUUCUUAUUUUGAUUUAAUUGUUGCAAACUAUAGUUUUUUGGGGCUAAAUUAUUUUAUCAACGAUGCUAGUAAUAAAUGUAAGUGUAAACAGGGCUUUAUAUACUUGACUCAAGAAAUAUUGUAUUACCAUUCUUAUUUUAUUGAUAUAAAAGUGAGUGAGAAAGGAAGGGUGGCAUUACAAACUCAGCUUACUGAGUGUGUCCCUCUUGGCCUACUUGCUUUGUGUGU